AUGUCAGAGAGCUCAGCAACCCAAUAUGACCACAUCGGGCAGGCAUACGAGUCGAUGAAAAAGAUCCCCGGCGCCAUUCUCGAGCGCAAUAACCUUCGCGCCGUCAUCACGCCCUAUCUCACCCUCCCGGACAGCCAGGGCGCAUCAGUCCUCGACCUCGCGUGCGGCACGGGUUACUACUCGCGCCUGCUCCUGCAAUGGGCCGCCCCGCGCUGCGUCGUGGGCAUCGACAUCUCGCCGACCAUGGUGGAGGCGGCGGAGCGCGCGGCCGCAGAGCUUGACGAGUUCAAGCAAGGCCGGCUCAAGUUCGUCGUCGGCGACGCCACGAAGCCGCUGCCCGCGGCCGUUGUCACCUCCUCCGAUGAGGCCGAGGGCCCCUUCGACGUGGUCUUAGGCGCCUGGCUGCUGAACUACGCACCCUCGACGCAGGACAUGGCGGGCAUGUUCGCCAACGUGGCCUCCGCGCUGCGUCCCGGCGGGCACUUUGUGGGCAUCACGCCACACCCGGCCGAGGACCUGGACGCCUUCGCGGCCUUCCACGCCACGCCCGCUGCGCAGGCUGAAAUGCGCCGCUUCGGCGUUUCCAUCGCGUACCUGGACCCGCCAGUCGCCUCGGGCGAGGGCUACCACACCCGCAUCACGGCCCACAUGCAGCCCGUCGAGAUCUCGUUCGAGAACUUUCACCUCCGCAGGCACGUCUACGAGGACGCUGCCCGGCGCGGCGGCAUGACUGGCGAGUUAAAGUGGGAGAAGGUCAGGUUGCCGCGGGACGAGGACGAGAGCCGUCGCGACUACGGCGUGGGGAUCGAGUACUGGGAGGGAUGCGAGGAGAGGCCGCAUUUUGGGAUCAUGGUCGUUGAGAAGUGA